AUGGAAUUCACCUACAAGGAUAUCAAUACGAUUGUCGAACUUCACAAUCGUCUUCGUCGUCAUGUGGCGUCAGGAAAAGAGAGUCGAGGCUCACCUGGUCCGCAGCCAAAAUCUGCUUACAUGCCAGACUUGGUGUGGGAUGAUGGUUUGGCCAACGCCGCAUGGCGAUGGGUCCAAAAUUGUCAAUUCUAUCACGAUCCAAGCCUUCAGGAUAAUCGUUUCACACUUGUGGUAGCCAUGCAAAUGGGCCAGAACAUUGCAAUCACGGUGAGCUCGAAGCGUUCGACCACACCGAAUUGGGCCGAUGCAGCCAUUCAUCCGUGGUAUGCAGAGGUUGAGCACAUGGACUGUCGUCACGUGACCAAAUUCAAGAGUUUCGAAGCUGCAAACAGACAAAUCAUUAGACAUUUCACGCAGUUGGUUUGGGCUGGAACGAAAGCUGUAGGAUGUGCAGCCAUCGGUUACACGAACUAUGCCACACCUGGAACACCGUUUAGAGUGAUGUACGUCUGCAAUUACAGCCCACCAGGAAACAUCAUUGGCCAACCAGUUUACGAAGUUGAUUCUUCUAGCCCCAGCUGUCGAGAAGAGUAG